AUGGCCCCCUCGUCCUUCCCCCUGCUCGCCCGCGUCCUCGCCCACGCCCAGUCUGCCCCGGACUCGACGGCCAUCGUCGAUGUUGCCCAGUCACUUUCCAUCUCUUAUGCCCAGCUCUGCGCCGACAACCUCGCGCUGACCUCCCUCCUCUCUCCCCUUAUCCGGGAGCCCGAGACCCGCGUAGUUGUACUCUGCGAGAAGGGAUACCUGGUACCGCUCACUAUGCUCUCCACAUGGACGGCUGGUGGCUUGAGUGUCCCCGUUUUGCCUUCGCUGCCCAUCCCAGAGCAGGCAUAUAUGGCGAGCAACAGCGACGCCCGAUUGGUCGUCUGCGAUGCAAAGAACCGGCUCCGGGCUGAAGAGCUCAAAUCAGAGAUACUCAAGGAGAACGUCUCUGCGGAGGUACUCGAAGUCAGCUUGGAGACUAUCCGAAAAAGCAGCCCCGCGCAAGACGCCGUGUCCGAGCUUGCUACCUUGCCCCAGUUGGACGGCGAGCGAAGGGCCAUGAUGCUUUUCACCAGCGGCACCACCGGGCGUCCCAAGGGCGUAGUCACCCGGCACUCUGCCCUCGCCGCCCAAGUAUCAGCUGUCGCCGACACCUGGCACUGGUCGCCUUCCGACAACCUCCUGCACGUCCUGCCCCUCAACCACCUCCACGGUAUCGUCGUAGCACUCUUGCCCACCCUGUGGGCAGGCGCGACGGUAGAGCUUUGGGAAAAGUUUGAUGGGCCAGCGAUCUGGAAACGAUGGAUCAACGAGCAAGGUCUUGAACCGAUCACAAUGUUCUUUGGCGUGCCCACAGUCUACUCUAGGCUAAUCCAGACCCAUGCUACCUUUUCUCCAGAGCUGCAAGCCGCAGCUACGGCAGGCUCCUCCAAGCUCCGUCUGCAAGUCUCUGGCUCUGCGCCCCUUCCGGAGAGUGUCAAGAAGACUUGGGAGAAGGAGGGUGGUGUUGGUGGUGGGCAGGUGUUGCUCGAGAGGUAUGGGAUGACGGAGACUGGUAUCAUCGCCAGCAACGGCUGGGAGACUGAAAAGCGUGUCAAGGGGCACGUUGGAUAUCCUCUCACCGGGACCCGAAUCCGACUCUGGUCCGAAGAAUCUCAAACCCCCAUCACCGUCCCUGAUACCCAAGGCGAAGUGCAAGUAUCUGGUCCCCCAAUCACCAAAGAAUACUGGCGCCUACCCGAAGCCACUGCCAACGAAUUCAUCGACGGGUGGUUCAAGACUGGUGAUGUCGGUGUUUGGUCAUCAGAGCCGGGGGCGGAGGGGCAAUUGAAAGUGUUGGGAAGGAAGAGUACCGAUAUUAUCAAGAGCGGGGGAGAGAAGAUUAGUGCGGUGGAGAUUGAGAGGGCCAUUUUGGAGCUGCCUGGCAUGAAGGACUGUGCUGUUGUGGGUGUGGAGAAUGAGGAGUGGGGGCAGGUCGUGGCUGUCUGUUUGGUCACCUCUCGACCUCAUGUGUCGGUCAAGGAUCUUCGAGAGGAAUUGCGAAGCGUUAUUGCCCCUUACAAACUUCCCAAACUUCUCAAACUUUACGACAAUGAGAUUCCUAGGAACAAUAUGGGUAAAGUCAACAAGAAAAAGCUCGUCCUUGAGGCGUUCCCCAGCGGAGCCUAA